AGUGUCAACUCUAAAUGUUACGAUUACGACAAUAAAAAAUUGUGCAAACUGAAUAAAAACAAUGAGUGAAGUUGGCGUUGCCAUCGACGCAGUGGCAGCGGAGAAGCAGCGCAAGUUUCGCAUACAAGCCGCUGCUUUCAUGGGACUUGUCGGUGGCAUCUCCGCUCUCUUUGGAUUCUCUCGCACGCUGGCGACGGCGAAGAGAGCGGACAGCAAAGUGCUGCAGCAACAAGGAACACGCCAGGGCAUCAUACUCAUGGACGAGGGCUCCACACUGGCGCUGCGUGCCCUGGGAUGGGGCACUCUGUACGCCGUUCUGGGCACUGGCGCCAUCUGUUAUGGCGUCUGGAAACUAAGUGGCGCCAAAGACUUCGAAGAGUUCCGGUUGAAAAUGGGAAGAACAUUGCCUCGGAUAACAAAGGACGAGCCACCGCAAAGUCGCACGGAUUUUGACAGUCUUACGGAUCUUAUGAAAUACGUGGCCACCUGGACCAAGGAAUAAUCCUGCCUGUUAUCCUAUAGCUUUUAGCUUGUACACAAACUUAGACCAUAGAAUAAAUAAUAUUUUUUUGUUGAAA